GACAAGGCUGAGGACUGGGAUACUCGCCAGGAGAAGGCUGCUGGCGAGCUCAUGCUCUCCCUGUCUGAGGAACAGCGCAUCCAUGUCAAGGGCAAGGAGGAUGAUCCCACUGCUAUGUGGGACGCUCUCCAGGCUGUGCAUCAGCAGAAGAUCCCUGGCACUCGCUUCAAUGCUUUCGACGACUUCUUCGCCCUCAGGAAGCGUCCUGAGGAGUCCCUCAGCUCCCUCAUUGCCAGGGUGGACACCCUCUAUGCCAGGAUCAAGGACCUUCGCCCUCCUGCCUACACCCUCGACUCUCUGGACCAGGAGCUGGCUUGCAUGGCCCUCAUUCGUGCUCUCCCUGAGGAGUACUCCCACUUUGUCUCUGCCCUCAUGCUCCAGUCCACUCUGGACAAGGAUGCUGUGGUGCAAGCGUUUAUCCAGGAG